CCCCCGCCGCCCGCGCCGCAGUCCGCAUCCACCCCGCGCGGUCAGCCCCGGCUGCGGCUCCAGCUCCGCGCUUCUCUCCCGAGCCGGAUCGCGGGAGCGAGCAGGGGAGGGGACCGCAGCCGGCGCCCGAGGGCAAGAAGAGUCUGCAGGCGGGCCCCUGGCUGCGGCAGCAGCUGCCGGUGGCCGGGAGGUGCCAGCCCGCGCGGGGUGGCCCAGCCGCGGGAGCGGUGGGGCGGGGUCCGCGGCUGCCGGCCCCAGGGAGAGCUCGCGGGCAGCAUGGCGGGGCUGCGGGCCAGGCGGGGCCCGGUGCCGGGGCUGCUGGCGCUCUCCGCGCUCGGCUUCUGCCUCAUGCUGCAAGUCAGCGCUAAGAGGCCCCCCAAGACGCCCCCCUGCCCGCCCAGCUGCUCCUGCACCAGGGACACCGCCUUCUGCGUGGAUUCAAAGGCAGUGCCCAGGAACCUGCCCUCGGAGGUCAUCUCCCUGACCCUGGUGAAUGCUGCCUUCUCAGAGAUCCAGGAUGGAGCGUUCUCCCACCUCCCGCUGCUGCAGUUCUUGUUACUCAACUCCAACAAGUUUACACUGAUUGGAGACAAUGCCUUCACAGGACUGUCGCACCUGCAGUAUCUCUUCAUUGAGAACAAUGACAUCUGGACACUAUCCAAGUUCACCUUCCGAGGACUUAAGUCCUUGACUCACCUCUCGCUGGCCAACAAUAACCUGCAGACACUGCCCAGAGACAUCUUUCGGCCCCUGGACAUCCUGAAUGACUUGGACCUGCGGGGCAACUCACUCAACUGCGACUGCAAGGUGAAGUGGUUGGUGGAGUGGCUGGCACACACCAACACCACGGUGGCGCCCAUCUACUGCGCCAGCCCUCCCCGCUUCCAGGAGCACAAGGUGCAGGACCUGCCGCUGCGGGAGUUCGACUGCAUCACUACGGAUUUCGUGCUGUACCAGACCCUGUCCUUCCCAGCAGUGUCAGCUGAGCCCUUUCUCUACUCCAGUGACCUCUAUUUGGCUCUGGCCCAGCCAGGUGUCAGUGCCUGCACCAUCCUGAAGUGGGACUAUGUCGAGCGGCAGCUUCGAGACUAUGACAGAAUCCCAGCCCCCUCUGCAGUGCACUGCAAGCCGAUGGUGGUGGACAGCCAGCUGUAUGUGGUCGUGGCCCAGCUGUUUGGCGGCUCUUACAUUUACCACUGGGAUCCCAACACCACGCGCUUCACAAAGCUGCAGGACAUCGACCCACAGCGUGUGCGCAAGCCUAAUGACCUAGAAGCCUUCCGUAUCGACGGCGACUGGUACUUUGCCGUGGCCGACAGCUCCAAGGCAGGCGCCACCAGCCUCUACCGCUGGCACCAGAAUGGCUUCUACUCCCACCAGGCGCUGCACCCCUGGCACCGUGACACCGACCUGGAGUUUGUGGAUGGCGAGGGCAAGCCACGGCUGAUUGUGUCCAGCAGCUCCCAGGCACCGGUCAUCUAUCAGUGGAGUCGCACCCAGAAGCAGUUUGUGGCCCAGGGUGAGGUGACUCAGGUACCUGAUGCCCAAGCUGUGAAACACUUUCGUGCCGGCCGCGACAGUUACCUGUGCCUCAGCCGUUACAUCGGUGACUCCAAGAUCCUGCGCUGGGAGGGUUCCCGCUUCUCGGAGGUGCAGGCCCUGCCCUCCCGGGGCUCACUGGCCCUGCAGCCCUUCCUUGUGGGUGGCCGCCGCUACCUGGCGCUGGGCAGCGAUUUCUCCUUCACCCAGAUCUACCAGUGGGAUGAAGGACGACAGAAGUUUGUACGGUUCCAGGAGCUGGCUGUGCAGGCUCCUCGGGCCUUUUGCUACAUGCCUGCUGGGGAUGCCCAGCUACUCCUGGCCCCCAGUUUCAAGGGACAGACGCUGGUUUAUAGACACAUUGUGGUGGAUCUCAGUGCCUAGGGGGGUGCCGAGGCCUCUGGGCUCCUCAGGGUGGCCACUGGAGGAUGGGUGGGGGCCUCUGUGAGCACCACGUGUGCCCGUGUGAAGACGCGAGGCCAGCCUACAUCCAUGCCCUUGCAUCUGCACAUGCCCAGUGUGCAGGCACACCCCAUGGACUGGCCCAGGAGUACAUGCAUCAUCACUGCAAUCAGCAUGAACACCAGGCACCCCUGGGACACCUAGCGCCCAGUUCCUGUGACCCCAACCAUAGCCCCCCCUCCUCUGCAGCCUUCCCCACAUUCUGCGCCCUGUCUUAUGCAUAUGAGUGGUGCAGGGUGCUGGGAGCGAGGGGGCCGCAUCCUCCUGUCCUUGUGCUUCUCCUCCUACCCCUGUGGUCUUUCCUGUUGGUGCUCCAGGCAUUGUUUACCUGCUCUUGCUCCCCACUGUAGCCCACAGCCAUAUCUGUCAUGCUUCCCCAGGGGCACUCACCCCUGCCCCAACCUGUCUGCAUGCUCACAUGGACGCGGACAGACACACUCAGUUACACACUCACACGCCCGGUCUGCACUCGGUGUCUGUCUGUAAACAUGUCAGGACACGUGUGCAUACAAGCAGAUUCAGCACUGCCUACCAGGCUCUCCUGUUACCUUGCCUCUCUGCUUGGAGGGGGCCCCCUUUGCUCACCCCCAGCGUGCCCCCCCCGGAACUGAUAAGGAUGAGAAUGGUGGUGCCAGCUUCUGAGGGCCUGCUUGGCCUCCUGGGGGCAAAGCCCCUCUGCCCGAAGCAAUAACAACAGCAGCAAAAGCGGCCCCGGGGAGCUGCCAGGGGUGUCUGUCUCUGUUCUCCUUCUCAUUUCCUUCAUGGCCCUGAAUCCCAGCUCACCCAUGGAUGGAAGACCCCCCCCCCUCAACUGAAAGCCUUUCUGCCUUCCUUCCUGUGGCUGUUGCUUUCUCAGGCUUGGACUGUCCCCUGGUUCACCCUGUCUUUGGGAUGUGGCCCCCGAGCUGGGCAGGCUUCUUGGGUGGAUUAGAGAGCUGGCCGAGCUACAAGAGCUGGCUGAGCUACCUGCAAGGGUGCCCACAGUGGAGCUUGGCCUGAGGGCAUGUUGUAGCCCUGGCCCCCCCAGUCCACAGAGGCCCCCAGGAACACUGCCUUUCAGUGGACAGGGUGGGGACUGGUGGGAGGGGCCCCACGAGCCUAGCUUCUGCUGCCCUCUGCUGUCUGCUGAGAUGCCAAGCUAGUGGAGAGGGAGUGGGCUGGGGUGGCCCUGCCCUGUGCCCAAAUGGUGUGAUGCUCCUUGUGGCAGGAUACCAGGGUACUGGGGGGCAAUGCUAUGAUUCACUUGCUUCAAAUAAAAAGCUCCCUCCCCAUAACCGGC